AUGCCUUCCUGUCGAGUGACCAAUAACACAGCUCAUCCACUGAAUAUAAGUUUGAAACAAGUCACAGCGUUACAUUUCGAAAACAGUGUUCAGCCUGGACAAACCAUCAAACUUCGACCUGGCAAAGUGUGGUUCACGUUAGAAGCUUUACUUGAUGAUGGUACGAAGAAAUCGCGAUAUUCAAUAUUGAAAUCAGCAGCUACGAUAGCUUUACUCUCUAUAGCGGUGGGCGCAGUGGCUGCAACUGCUGGAGCGGCUCUGAUACCUGAAGCUAUAGCAGGCUCAAGUGUCGCAGCCGCUUCGGUGGCGGGAGGAUUCUUAACGAAAGGUCUAACAGCUACAAAAGGUGCUUUGUUGACUAAUUCUGCAACGGUAGCUAAGAUCUCUUCUGUUGCCCUUCCUAAAGCUAUCGAGAAGCUAUCAGCUGAAAUAGGUGGAUUAUCCGCCUUACAAAGAGAAGUUGCUACGAUAAUAGCUUCGCCAACACUUUCAUCAGAUGUCAGACAUAGAGCUGCUCAAAUACUUCGAUCCCUUCACACAGCUUAUAAAGACGAUAAAUCUUCACGAACCCAAUCCCAAACUUCUUCAGCCACGUUAACACCAUUAAAUGAUGAUGAAGCUAAAAGAUUGGAUCAAGCUAUAGAAAGUGGAGAAGUAGAUGAUUUAAUCGAAAAUAAACCGAUCAAAUCUGGUGAAACACUGAGAGUACAUGGUAUAUAUAUGAAUAAGAGAAAAGAAUUCGAGAUCAGGAUUGGGAAAGAUGGUAAAUUGGAAUUAUGGGAUUUAAAAGAAAAGAUGAUUAUCAGUUGA